UCCAACUCUAACCGAAUGUAAAAAAAAUAUUUUGAACAAAUUAUUUUGGGAUUCACCGCAACAUAUAAAUUAUUGAUAAUUAUAUCGGGUAAGAAUGUCAUAUCGGCUAAUAUAAAAUAUAACAUCUUGUUGUCUGUUGUGUAUUUGUUAUAUAAUAGCGACAGAGUUGAGUCGUUAUAGAAAUAAGUUAUGUUGGAAAAGUUGUGAAGUGAAUUUGUUGCAAAAGUGUAAAGUGGUAGCGACCAUGCAGGAAUCUGGAGAAAAGAUUUGUCCAAAUUGCAAGCGAGAGAUACCAUCAGUCAAUUUCACAAUACACACUGUGCACUGCGCUCGGAACAUCAAACUGUGUCUGGUGUGCAAGGAGCCAGUACCUCAACAUGAGUUGCAGGAACACCACGAGAAGUUGCAUAAACUUUUGCCGUGCAAGCAAUGCGGCGAGAGCGUGCGCGGCACCGACCUCGAGGACCACGUCCGCGACUCGUGCGGGCACACGGUCAAGUCCUGCAGGUACUGUGAGCUGGAACUCCCUCGGCACGAGCUCCCUGCCCACGAAGGGUACUGCGGGGUCCGCACAGAACAAUGUUCAGAAUGCAAGGAAUGGGUCAUGAUCAAAUACAGACAGUUGCAUUUGGACUCCAAUCAUGGUUUCCUGAGAUUGGACGAUGAUCCUGUGCCAAUACAAAAAAAACCGCUGCCAAAAACAAACAACAAUCCAAUUAGAGACAUGCUAGCUUCCACGUCGAACAUCCGACCGGCCAACGGUUUGAGGACCGCUGACGGUCGCCUGCCCAGGUUGGCAAACGUUGGCGGCUCCAGUGACAGGAGCGGUGCUAGUGGUAUUGGUGAUGGUGAUAAUGGAAAUGUUGACAGACAUACGGCCGUACCGAGCAAUAGCAUUAGGAACGAGCUGUCAAACGGUGUCGGCCGCUCGGAGCCGCGGCUGGCCAAGCGGGACAACGAUCAGCCGCAACUCAGUCAUCACGGGUCGACGUCACGGGGAGCGGUUAAAAAACGCCCCGCGCCGAAGCCGCCCGCCAACCGCAAGCGGGAUUUACAGUACUACAGCGCUUUACAGAGAAAACAGAAUGAAGAGAAAGAGAGACAACAACAGUCCGCGUAUAAUACUUCAGUUGGUCUUCCCCCUGUGCUAAGUCCAGCGGCCAAGUUGGACAAACUCCGCAAAAUGGACGCCCUCCACAACAGAGAAACAGAGGACCAGGACUAUAAAAAUCGACUCCAGGGCCGCGUGUGGAUGAACGUCAGUGAAAAUAUCUCCCCGGGGAAUAGACUUGGACUCAACGAGAACCCAGUCCGCAACGAGCUGGCGGAUCUGAAACCUAUGACUCCAGCGGAGUUCAUGGCGCGCUUCCAGCAGCUGCAGCUGCAGGACGGCAGUCCGAGGGCCCACAGCGCCGGCGACCGCUUCAGCGAGAUCAAGUCUUCUCUGAGGGAGUUGAGGAGGGGACUCAAUGAGGUUACAGCGCCCUACAACGCCGGAGCCAAUAGCAAUCAGAAUGGCCGCCCCCGGUCGCGCAGUGCGUCCCCCGCUAACAGCCUGGAGGUGGAGCUCCCGUGCGAGUUCUGCGGGGCUCCGCUGCCCGCGCAAGACCUCGUGCAGCACCAGACGGGAUGCCGGCCCGACCUCACGCAGUACCGGCCGCCCGUCAUCCCGUGCGAGUUCUGCGCUGAGACUCUGCCGGUCUACCUCAUCACUGACCACCAGGAGCGUUGCAGGCGCGACCCCAAUCUGCUGUUCCCAGACUGAACUGUCUUCCUCGAGAGGACCGCAUACCCCAUGUCUUGUUUUAAAUGUCUGAAAGUCAUCAAUCACGUCAAAAUUCAUGUUAUAACCGCAUUUGUGUACACAUUAGCUUUUGCCCGUGGCUUCGUCCGCGUUUAUUACGUGCGUCUAAAUCUAAUCUAAAAUCUCGGGUUCUAAGGAACGUAUCGCGAUGAAACUUAUACUAGAUUUUAAGUUAGACCAUAAUAGCAUGUGGUCUAACUUAAAACCUGGUAUAGUGUCUUUGAAUUUGAAAACCGCAUCAAAUUCCAUGCUACGGUUUUUGCGUGAGGCGCAAACCAUACACUCUAAAAACAGAUUCUAAAAACAUUUUUUGGCUUCCAUUAAGACAUAUUAAUUUUUCUUGAAUAUCUCCUAUGUACGGACAUAGCGCACUUACAGUUUUAUUAUAUGUAUAUAUACAGAAGUAUUAAGGUUUACAAUAAAUUAACUUGAGUACAUAAAUAAUAAACAAAAUAUACCUAUAUUUAUUCUUGAACAUAGGACUAUGAUUAUAAGCUGUAAAUAGGGGUUUAUUUCCACAAGGUUUUCAAAAUAAAAUAUAUUAGUCUAUCAUCGUCUCAAUUAUGUUCAGAAAUAUACAUACAUUUUUCAUUUUUCAUACAUACAUCGAUUUACAAAUGAAAUGGUUAUAACAUGAGUAAUGACCGGAAGAAAUCUAUCUUCGGAAGUUGUGUUAUUUUUUAGAAAUAUCAUUCGGAUGGGUCGAAAGAUUAAUUCCUAUAUAGUUAGUUAUUAAAAAUAUAUAUAUACUUAGUAUAAUUUAUGAAAAUACGAGGCUUAAAACAAAAUUUGGAGUUUACCGUCCUCUUAAUAUAUAAACCUAGAUUAAAAUAACAAUACUCGAUAAAAUUAAGACUUAAAACAAUGAUAAAUCUAAUUAUAUUGACUUUUGUAUGUGGAUCUGUAUAAAAGUUGGUCUUUACAAUGCUAGAACUGUGGUUAGCACGAGUUUUAGCGAUCGACAUAAUUUAUAUGGAAAAUUAUCGCAUGUCAACUGUUGAUCCACACGGAAGUCACGUGUAUGUCAACUCUGUAGGACAAACGGAAGGACUAUGCGCGAUGGGUUGUGGUAAGACGUCAUGUCGUUCUUUCCAUUACCAUUUACAUUAGCAAUCAAAUCGACAAUGUUUUAUUUCAUUCGUGAUAAUCGAGAAAUGAGUGAGAAAUAGCAUGUUGCGCCUCAAAUGUUCCUUUGUGCAUUCGUGGCUUUUAAUGGCGCGCGGGUGAGAAGUCAAGUGCAAUUAUUGUAGAUAGUUUAAAUUCAUAUUUGUUUGAAUGACAUCGGCGAAACAUUUUCUAAUAUUUCUUUUCGAGUGUGUUAAUUGCUAAGUGUCAGAUUUUAUUAAGUCGCCAAAUCUGUCAUGGCUUUUACGACUACGUAUCGCGUGUUGUGGAAAGUAAUCGCGUACAUACUGGUGAAAUUAAACUGUCAACCAGUGUGCGGGUUUCCUCAAACCUGAAACCUUUUUGAUAAAAUCAAAGUUUUCAAAAGAUUCGGUGAAAUGUCACGCUGACUCGACUAUAACAUAUAGGAUAAUGACAAUAAAAUUAUAUACUCAAAAUAUAACGGCCCAAAAUGGCUAUCAAUUUUAUACUUAAAUUCUUUUAUACAUGUGCCAGAUUUACAAAAAUCUGUCCAUAAAGGAAUUUUUAACGAUGUAUAUUUUUGUCAUUACAAUACCAAAUAGUCAGGAUUGGUUCACAAACACCCAGUGUUGCCGGCCAAGAGGUUAAGCUAAAACAUGUUUUGUCACUAUUGCACAAUUACAAUAUUUAAGAGAAAUAAAUAAUAUUUAUUUAGUACAUACAUAUAAUGAAACCUAUAUUUUUCAUAACUUUACAAAUUUAUGAAAAAUACAGGUUGCGCAAAUCGCUCAGUGUUGUGUCCUGGCGUGAACCGGGACGCUGGUCUUCCGCGAAUGCCAAAAUAAAAAGUUAAAACAUGAAAACAAAAAAAUAAGAAAAGGUUUAAGUGAUUUUGAUAGAUCGAAACAACAUAUUUUAACUUGAA